AUGUCGUCCAACAACACCUCGGCCAGUGUCUCCAUCGAUAAGUUCGAUGGGGACAACUACUCAACCUGGUGUCGCUACAUGCGCGGCGUGUUUCUGACGAAGUCAGUCUGGUACGUCGUGAACCGCGAAACGUCUCCAACCUUCACCGACACGCGAGCUUCCGACGAGUACGUCAAGGCGAGCAACAUCGCGUUCGGGUUGAUGUUGCUCCACAUGGACGCCGACUACCACCAUGUGGUCGACAACUGUGAAGAAGCAUGGACAGCGUGGUCGCGGUUGAAGAUGCUCUAUGGUGGGUCGCAGAAGGCGGGACGCAUCUACCUCAAGCGCCAGCUGUUCAGCAUCAAGAUGGCGGAAGGUGCCAACGUCUUGCACCAUUGCAACGAAGUCUUGAACAUCGGCGCCAAGCUCAGCAGCAUCGGUGCCAAGAUGGAAGACGAAGACAUUGCGAUCUGCUUACUGCGCAGUCUGCCCAAUAGUUUCGAGAACGUGGUUCUCAACUUGGAGAUGAGCAAUGCAGAGCUGCGCACGCAAGAUGUGGUCAAGGUGCUGACUAACGAGCACAUCAAGCGACAAGGCGAGAAGAUGACAACGGCAACGACAACGGUGAAGACUGAAGAUGCGACAAAGGCAUUCAGUACCGAGCGCAAGCCCUACCAAUGCACAUACUGCGGCAAGGUGGGGCACACGGCAGAGCGUUGCUGGACGAAGCAAAGGAUGAAAGUCGAGGAGCCCAACGCGGCGGCAAUGGUCGUCGACGCGGGUCAAACAAUGUCCACUGGCGACAUUAUGAUGAAGGCAACAGCUACGAUCGACGGGGCAACACAUCACAUCUGCCACGACAAGUUCAAGUUUGCAAGCUUGGUCGAAGGCAAUGAUGGCGAGAUCCUGGUGGCUGAUGGCAACAAGGCGGCCAUCAAAGGUGUGGGGACCAUCGUGGAAAAGGUGAUUCUGCCAAACGGGGAAGAGCGCGAGAUCGAGAUCAAGAACGCGCUCUAUAUUAACAAGCACGGCAACUUCCAAGUGGUGUUUGACGGGGAUACGAUGUACGUCGCUCGCAAGGAUUCCAAUCAAGUGGUGGCAGCUGCGGAUCUUGUAGACGGACUCUACUGGCUUCGCACGACGCAGCGAUCGGCCAAUGCGACAUCACUCAGCAACGCUGUUGAUCUACAUGCGCGAAUGGGCCAUGCUCCAGUAGACGUGCUUCGCAGGAUGGUGACAAGCCACAUGAUCAAGGACGCUCACAUCCCUUCCAAGCCGAAUGGAUCAAGUGUGUGUCGAGGAUGCCAAGAAGGGAAGAUGGUCCAAAAACCAUUCCCGAGCAACCGUGACAAGCGCACCUACAACACCUUCGAGAUGCUCCACUUCGACAUCUGCGGACCCAUGGAAGAAAAAUCUCUGGGUGGCAGCAAGUAUCUGCUGCUGAUCGUGGAUGAAGCCAGCGGAUGCAUGAAGGGUUUUUGUCUGCAUUCCAAGUCAGAGAGCGAAGAGUGCAUCAAGAAGUACAUCACGAUGAUACAGACGCAGUUCAACAAGAAGGUCAAAUUUGUGCGACACGAUGGAGCCCGCGAAUUUGCGACGAACUCGCUUCAAGAUUUCUACGAAGUCGAAGGCAUCGAGCAACAAACCACGGUGCCAUACGCACAUCAAGCCAAUGGAACUGCUGAACGCGCGAUUCGAACUAUCGUCACCAUCGGUCGUAGCAUGCUCCAUCAUGCCAAGUUGGACAAGUGCUUCUGGGCUGAAGCGGCAAUGACGGCCGUCUAUGUGAAGAACCGUUUGCCGUCACCCAAGAUUCCACACAAGACACCGUUCGAGAUUGUCUACAAUUCUAAGCCAAGUGUCAAGCACAUGCGCGUUUUUGGGUGCCAAGCAUACAUCUUGACCCCGAAGGAGAAACGACUCAAGUGGGAUCCCAAGGCCCGGGCUGGAUUGUUUUUGGGCUACGAAGAAGUGUCCAAGGCGUAUCGAGUUUACGACAUCGAAGCGGGGCAGGUGAUGAUAAGUCGCGAUGUCAACUUCGAUGAGUCGGCCUUUGGAAUGUCGAUGCUGAUUUCCGAUGACGAUGUUGAUGGCCUGGACUUUGAAUCGAUCGAUCUUGAUGAUGAAGAACCGCGUCCCGAGACACUUCAAACAAACAGGAAAGCGCAAGGCCCAACCCAGUCACGACAAUGA